AUGAAUAGCGAUUAUAGAGAAGUGAAUCAAAAUGAACAGGAGGAAUAAUAAAUGUAUUUAGAAACCCCUAUUUAUAAAGAGGCUGUGAGUCAUUUUCGGACUACUCAAUAUUAUUUUAUUUCAUUUAACUCUUUGAAAAUUGGAUGCGGAUUUGCAUUAUUGUAUAUGAAUCAUGAAUAAACUGAUUUGAAUUAUUGGAUGCUUGCAAUCAUGUUCCAUGCAUUUAUUAUGAUCAUCGCUCACAAGAAUCACUUAAAAUACUUGACAAUGAAUAAAAGAAUAUUGGCAUAUAAAUUAGAUUAAAUUGUUGCUGGUCCAAUUGUUGAUUAAGUAAUUGAAUCAAGGAGAUUAAAUAUAUUAUCACGACAAAUUAAAUUAGAAAUAGCAAAAUAAACUAUCUUUGGCAAAUGGUGUUGCAGAAUAAUUACAAUUAUUUAUUAACUUAUUUUUGGUUAUGGAGUAUACUUAUUUUGUAUAUAUUACAGUGUGAGAUCAGCAGAAUUAAUGAAUUAAUAUUACUUUUUAUGUGCAAUCCUUAUAAUCUCUCUUUAUCAAUACAUUGAUCUUUAUUUGAUAUUAGUCUUUGCAAUCCUAGGUUCACCAUUUUUGCUUAUCUUUGGUUGUUAUUAUUGCGCAAAUUUGUUUGGCAAAGAACAAUAACGAAAUGAGAUUAGAACUCGAUUGUAAGCAAUCAAAUAUAAACCAAAUUUAAUAGAAGGAGAGCAAGAAUGCUGCAUUUGUAGAUGUCCAUAUGAAUUAAAUGAGGAAGUCGUUGUCCUGAAAUGCUCAAAAUUGCAUCAUUACCAUGAAACCUGUAUUAUGUCUUGGAUUAAUAUCAACAAUACCUGUCCAUUCUGUCGGAAAUCUAUAUGAUUAAUUCAAUUUUUAAAUAGAACAAUAUAUUACUAAAGAAA